AUGGGGGAUGGCCAGCCUUGCAGAAUGGCAGAGUUCAUUGCUGGGACUCCCAUUGGUGGAGAGAUCUCAGGAAGAUAUAUCAGCACAAUGACUUCAAGAUUAUUCAUCAAAAUUUGGUGUGGAAGGCAGGUUGUGGGGAUAAAAUUCGAUUUUGGAAAGACAAUUGGCUGGGAGAGGGCUGCAGUCUGGAUCACAAAUACCCUCAGCUCUUCACCAUUACUGCCUUGGGCUGAUGGUGGGGUACCGUUUAAAGAACGAUUCUCAAAAUUAUACCAAAUCUCUUCCCAAAGAUUGCAUUCUGUUGAAGACAUGGGGUACUUUUCCGAGCAUGGGUGGGAAUGGAAUUUCUCUAGGAGACGUAAUCUAUUUGAUAGCAAGAUGGGGGUAGCAUCAACUUUCUUAGAGACUAUUGCUGCUAUCAGAAUUUGUGGUACCCUGAAAGAUACCUGGUUGUGGGGAGCUGAACCUAAUGGCAUCUUCUCUACUAAAUCAGCCUACAACCUCAUUAAAGCAGAGCAGCUUUUGGAAGAUCAAGAUUCGGGUUUUCACCAGCUUUGGGAUCUUAAAGUCCCCUCUAAGGUUCUGUCUUUUGCUUGGAGGCUGCUCUGGGAUAGACUCCCUACUAAGGAUAAUCUUUCUAGGAGACAAAUCCAGCUUGACAAUGACCUAUGCCCUCUAUGUCAUACUCAACCCGAAACUGCAUCCUAUUUGUUCUUCACUUGCGAUAAAGUGCUGCCACUGUGGUGGGAAUUCUUCACUUGGGUUAAGGAAGGCACAGUUCUACAUAAUAGUCCCAUGGCUAAUUUUCUUCACACCUCAACUACAACUGGAGGAAAGAAUAUUACUAGAAGAAGGAAGACUUGGUGGUUGGCUGCUACAAAGUCAAUCUGGCAAUCCAGAAAUGACUUGGUGUUUCACAAUCAGGCGUUUGAUAUUCAUAAGUUGAUAGAUAAUUCUAUUUUCCUCACUUGGACUUGGCUCAAGGGGUGGGAAAAGAAUUUCUGUGCUCCUUUUCACCACUGGUCCUCAGCAAUGUAG